UCCAUAUAUCCAACCCUAUAUUUCAACUGAAAAGAAAAAAAAUGUUAUGCUUACAGCCUUAAAAUGUGCUCCAUCCGGACGUCCACUAGGAAUGGAGUCCGGCGAUAUUUCAAACGCCGAUAUCACUACGUCAUCAUGUGCGACUACGUCACCGUGUGGUCACGAGGCCCGUCUCAAUGCCAUGACGUCAUGGAUGGCUGCCUUGAACGAUCAAACGGAACCCUAUAUCCAGAUCCAUCUAAGGGCGUAUCACAUGAUCACUGCUAUCGUCACACAGGGCGGAACAGAUAAGUGGGUGACUUCUUUUAAGAUCUCGUAUGGCGUUGAGGAAACUGAUUUGACGAUCUAUACUGACGUGGACGAAGGAACUGAAAUGGUUUUUCCCGGUAAUUACGAUAAUACUACAUCCGUGACGACAUCUUUGACUCCAUACAUCCUGGCCAAGUACAUUAGUAUAAGACCCAAGUCAAGUAACAGCACUGUCAGCAUGCGAUUAGAGCUCAUAGGCUAUGGACCACUACCUGAUCACGUGGAUGACAUACACAAGCGAGACGGAACGUGCUUGGAUAAGGGGAUUCCGCUAGGGGUGGAGAAUGGUGACAUUGGCGACGAAUCACUGACAGCGCACACCAGCGAACCCAGUGACCCAUCUCAUACAGCUAGAUUGAACAGUGUUACCGGUGGUGGCUGGAUACCACUUAAUACAGACUCCACGCCUUUUCUGCAGGUGAGCACACUAUUCUAUAGGUGUGAUGUGGUAUAG